AUGGACACCGUGGGUGCCCGGCUGAGCCGCUCCUCCACGCGAUAUGGCCCCGUCGGCAGCAGCAACGCCUCCUUCAGCGGGCCCGUCAGGAAGUGGCGCAAGGCGUGGGUCCCUCUCGCCGGCGGCGGCGCGGGGUCCGCCUCCGCCGGUAUGGGCCCCAUUGGGUGCCCCAGGGGUAACAAGGUGGUGCUGCUCAAGUGGGCGCCGGUGAGUGGCGCCGGCGACGGUAACGGCAAGGAGGUCGCCUCGGCGGCCACCAGACGGCGAUACGUUCCGGUGAGGCUUCUUGGCUUCAAAGAUUAG